AUGUACCAACUGCACAAGCAGGUCCUCAAACUCCUGAAACCGAAACUAGUUUCUCAAGUCUUGACACUGGAGAUUCAAACUGACGAUGAUUUUAAUCAUCCUCCCCAUAUUCAUAGCAUUAAUGUCGAAUGCAGUAAGACAAUGAUGACGAUCAAUAUUGAAUUUAAUCGUGUUUUUAACGGCAUUAUUUAUUCUAAGGGAUAUUAUACAAAUCCGGAAUGCAACUACGUAGAACAGAAUUCUAGCUCAACGCAGUACUCAUUCACUGUAAAUCUAGACUCUUGUGGUACUCAAUUUAUUAACGAUUUCACAAGUUCUGGUCAAGCAUAUUUGGAAAACGUUCUUGUAUUACAAAAUGAACCGAGUGUACAAGAAGUCUGGGAUACAGUUCAAAGAGUACGAUGUCUCUGGAAAGAAAACAUCAAUAAAGCUUUAAGGGUGAAUCUUUUAGUAGAUAUGUUAAAACAGGAGAUCAUUGCCUUUAAUGGUGACACUGCGAUAGCCAAACUGGAUGUUCAAAUUGGCAAAGGACCUUUUGCACCUACAGUUAAUAGACCUAUACAAAUUGGAGAAACAUUAACGUUAGUAAUCUCUGUGGAAGGCGAUCCUGAUUUCGAUCUUCAGGUGCGCGACUGUGUGGCGCGAAACGAAAUUUCGACCAACAUACUGCAACUCACCGACGAAAGAGGCUGCAUUUUGAAACCGAAGUUGUUUGGUGCCUUUCAAAAGACAAAAGAUACGGCUAAUACAGGCGCUUCUAUUAUCGCUUACGCAUUCUUUCAAGCCUUUAAAUUCCCCGAUGUUUUGGAUCUAUUCAUCGAAUGUAAUGUCGAAUUAUGUAAAAUCAACUGUGAACCUUGUCCGGAAGCAAAUCAACAAAUCGAGCCAGGAAGACGUCGUCGAUCGUUAAUGUAUGCAUCACCUUCAAACAAUUUGACGAAUUCGGUACUAUUAUCGGAUGCGGUUCGUGUUGGACGACAUUUUAAAGUAAUCAUGGUAGACGAUUUAAACACGGAAUCCAGUCAAAGAAAUAGCUGUUGA